UGCUUUUAAAAUAAAGGUGUUUUCUACCUCCGACUGGCCAAAAAAGCGACGGGACAAUCUGUGUUUGUCAAAUCUCCACCAUGUGGAGAACUUCCCUUUCUUUCUCUUCAAAGAGAUUCAAUCAUCUUUCGACUCUUAACCCUAAUUCUGUUACUUCAUUUCACAAGUAUUUACCUUUUUUUGACAUCCAUGGCAGAACUACCUCCUUAUCUCACCUCUACUCCUCCACAAUCCCUAAAUCAUCUGAUUCGUCGAAGCUCGGAUUUGGUUUUAAUCGUUUAUCGCAAUUAGGCUUUGCUGUUGAUGCUUCGUCUUCUCUUUCUCGCGAUCUUGCUGGUGCUAUAUCGCAUUAUGGUCGCUGUUAUUGGGACCUCUCUAAAGCCAAAUUAAGUAUGCUGGUAGUUGCAACUUCUGGAACUGGAUAUGUUCUGGGCAGUGGCCAGAUCAUUGACCUUGCUGGCCUUUGUUGGACUUGUGCUGGUACUAUGAUGGUCGCAGCUUCUGCUAACUCUUUGAACCAGGUUUUUGAAGUUACUAAUGAUGCUAAAAUGAAGAGAACGAUGAAUAGACCAUUACCAUCAGGCCGUAUAAGUUCUUUGCAUGCAGUUACUUGGGCUUCUACAGUUGGGAUAGCAGGAACUACUUUAUUAGCAUGCAAGGCUAAUGCUUUGGCUGCCGGACUUGGAGCUUCUAAUCUUCUUCUGUAUGCAUUUAUUUAUACUCCAAUGAAGCAAUUACACCCAGUAAAUACAUGGGUUGGAGCUGUGGUGGGAGCUAUUCCACCACUUCUUGGGUGGGCUGCUGCUUCUGGUGGGAUAUCUCUGAAUGGGAUGAUUCUCCCUGCUGCUCUAUAUUUUUGGCAAAUUCCCCACUUCAUGGCCCUUGCAUACUUGUGCCGUGAUGACUAUGCUGCAGGAGGGUAUGUUAAGUCUGAAAUUGUUUUUAAGAGCUUGAAAGCUAAAAUAGACAUCUGUUACAAGAUGUUUUCUCUUACUGAUGCAUCUGGUCGAAAGACUGCUUUAGUGGCACUGAGGAACUGUCUAUAUCUGAUUCCUGUGGGCUACUUGGCAUAUGAAUGGGGCUUAACCUCUGGAUGGUUUUGCCUUGAAUCAUCAUUGCUUACUCUGGCAAUUGGUGGCACAGCAUUGUCUUUCUACUUUAAUAGAACAACGAAGAACGCUAGGAGAAUGUUCCUCGCCAGCCUGCUUUAUCUUCCUGUAUUUAUGUCAGGGCUUAUGUUUCACCGUCUAUAUGAUAAUUGGCAGAGCUAUUUGGAGGAUGAUUCGGCUACGUUAAACAUUCCAUCAUUAGAAGUUAUGCAAGAAAAUGACAGUGCCGAUAGUGAAAAGAAAGAAAAAAAUCGAAGUGCGGCUAAACAAGUGCGGCCGCCUGUGGCAUUUGCCUCUGUCGCACCAUUCCCUUUCUUGCCUGCCCCAUCUUAUUCACAUUAUUAGAAUCCUGGGAUUCUAACUGUAUAAUACUUCCUUCCCUUCUGUAGAUCAUUCUUGUUUUUAUUCCUAAUUUUUACCCCCUGGAUUCAGCUUACCUGAAUCAGACACAAUCGCUUGCUCUUGCCAGUUGCAGGAAAAUUUUUGACGUAAAGUUAUCUUUGAUGUAUCUUUCAGUUGGCUGUGUAAUAUUAAUUCUAAAUAAGUGGAGAUUGUAUAGCCAAAAUGCUUGAUAUGAGCAGCUACGAACUUACUGCUUGACUAUUGUAUGCCUUGAAAAGAGCCAAAUUUUCAAAUUUAACAUUCAACCGAACAAAA